CAGUUGAUCGUAUCAAGGGCGAUAAUAUAUAUGACUAUUGACUAACAACAACUAACUCCAUACUAUUAUUAUUUUUUUCUCUGCAUCCAAAGCUUCGUAUCAAUCAAUCCUAAUUUACUGUAUACUCAUCUUUUUCUAACAAUUUGUUGACCUGAAACCCUAGUUAUUGUGUCUGUUUGAGCGGAGAGUAUACAGGGAUUGUGAUGGAGCACGUUUCGGAUGAAUUGCUGGGGACGUUUGUGCCUAUAGUGGUGUAUUGGCUGUACUCAGGACUGUAUUCGUUGCUGGGGGGUUUGGAGGAUUACAGGUUGCACUCGAAGAAAGAUGAAGAUGAGAAGAACUUAGUUAGUAAGAUGGAAGUUGUGAAAGGUGUGAUUCUCCAACAGGCUGUGCAGGCAGUUGUUGCCACCAUCCUCUUCGCGGUCACUGCAAAUGAUAGUGAGACUGUCCUAGAUCAGCAGGCAUCAGGUCUUGUUCUUGCAAGGCAAUUUAUUGUUGCUAUGGUGGUGUUAGAUACGUGGCAAUAUUUUAUGCACAGGUACAUGCACCAAAACAAGUUUUUGUAUCGACACAUCCAUUCUCAGCAUCAUCGACUUAUUGUCCCGUAUGCUUUUGGAGCUCUAUACAAUCAUCCUCUAGAGGGACUUAUUCUUGAUACCGUUGGUGGUGCUAUGGCUUUCCUUGCCUCGGGCAUGUCUCCUCGAGUUUCAAUUUUCUUUUUCUCCUUUGCUACUGUCAAGACUGUUGAUGAUCACUGUGGACUAUGGUUGCCAGGGAAUCUAUUCCAAACCUUCUUUAAGAAUAACUCAGCUUACCAUGACAUUCAUCACCAGUUAUAUGGCACAAAGUACAACUUUUCACAACCUUUCUUUGUAACAUGGGAUAGAAUACUUGGCACUUACAUGCCUUACGAAGUAGAGCGGAGAGCAGAUGGGGGUUUCGAAGCUAGGCCUACUAAAGAUUGCAACAACGAAUAACAAGGCCCAUUUUAAUUGUUUCUCACAGAAUAUUUUGCUUCUCAGACAUUUGAUGACAUUUUCAGUUUGUAUAUAUAAUAUAUCUAUAUAUUUGCAUAUAUUGUUGUAUAUUUAGUUGUUCUUUGUUUAGUGUGUUUGAAAUUAAUAAAGGAGUUCAGUUUAGAGCUUGACA